AUGUUGGCGCUUGACGGAGACGACGUGCUCAACGUCUGCCGUCAACUGCUGGACACAAAGCUCACUCUAGUGGACAGCUUGACCAGUUCCAAAAGGUCUGGACAACGUUAUGGCUGGACAGUUGAGUAUAUCCUGACUCUGGUUGUGAUGUCUGUUUCCAUGACGUGUCUUCUGGCGACUCUACUGACCUACAGUCUGUUUCCUGUGCUACGGAGCAGAGCAGGCAAGAGAAAUAUGUUUCUGUCUGGGAGUCUUCUGCUGGCACACGCUUCAUUGUUGGCUACGUCACAUAUAUCCGGCCCCAGCUGGCUGUGUACAGCUGUUGGUGUCUCCACCCAUUUCCUGUGGCUGUGGAUGUUCACGUGGACGUUCAUCUGUAGCUUCCAGAUGUUCAGGGUCUUCACCGCUAUCAACAUCCCAAACUACACCCUGAACCAACGAGUUUCCAUGGUGGCGCCCCUAAUGCUAGUUGUCGUCUGCAACUUGGUAUUUUUCACCAUCACGGUGGUGAAGAUACACAGCGUAGCUCUGCUCCAGUCUAACGACAGACGUGAGGACCGCAAGAACCUGUUUGUCUACGCCAAGUUGUCCUCCAUGACAGGAGCCUUUUGGGUGCUGGGGGUCAUCGAUGGGGCAGUGGACGUCAGUGCUUUGAGGUAUGUCUCCAUUGUGCUAAAUGGCUUGCAGGGCGUCUUCAUCUUCAUAUCGUAUGUCUGCAGUAGAAAGGUUUACAAACUCUACUCGAGCUUCACAAGUCAGGAACCUCAGUCUACCGCACCGCCUACGGAAUCUCAGUAG